AUGUUCCACGUGUUUCACUUUGGCACGGCGGCUACGGGUGUUGUCUGGCUGUACUACUUGACGACGGUGUACGCGCAGCAGUACUUUGGGACCACGCGCGGUCGACGCUAUCGUGUAACACACACGUUGCCAGCUAGUGAGACGGACGGGUGUUUCAGCUCGACGGUCAACGUUGACGCAGACGCGGGCGAUGGAUACUGUAUCGGGAACGUGCCGUUUAUGUCGUGGGUCAUGUACGCCAUGAUGAUUUUCAGCGAGUUUCUCACUUUCGUUGUGGGACUGCUGUUCAACUUCAGUAUGUGGCGUUCGAUUUGUCGUGGUGCGCGGUACAUGAACGACUUCGAGCUGCCCACUCCCAGGGAACAGUGGCCGAUGGUCGACAUCUUGUUGUGUGUCUACGUGGAUCUGGUCACGGAUUCGAUGCAGACACUGAAGAACUAUCUUUCGCCGCAGUAUGCGCCCGAGCUCCUCGUCAUGUCUGUGCUGGAUGUUGGUUACUAUAAGUCUGUGUGGGUUGCGAUUGACCACUUGAAGGUGACGGUGAUCGCCAACGUGGUUCGAUUUGUGGUGAUUUGCGUGGCGACCUUGCGCGGCUCAUGCACGAGCGUGUGCCGUAUCCGAAGCUUUUUGCUUGCGGUGCUGUCGUUCUUCUUCUCGGAAGGCGAGGCCGUCGACGGUGGAGGACUUCAGUGCAGCGACGAUAUUUCGUGGACCCACGUGUCGUACGGGCAGACUUCUGCAGACUCCUCACGUGGCCGUGAUGGUUUCGACUCGGCAGCUUUUGCCGGCUCGAAUGCUGUGUUCUGUCGCCAAGCCUUCGACUCGAUUGGUGGUAUUCAGUACGGUACUCAGACUGCAGAUGCGUUUACGGGUAACGUGCUCCACACUUCUGGUGGGGACUUGGUGCACUUCCGCAAGGAUUUCGAGGGCGAUGCCAAGGGCCGUAUUCGAUUGUGCGGAGGUGCUGUUCCUGAAACAGUAGCUGCUGCUAUGGGCCAGAAGAAGCGUUGGGCAAAGAGUGGUGUGCGGAUUCUGCUGAUGCAAAAUGAGCGCGACGUCGACCCGGACUGGCGUCCUCCGCGCGUGCCUGCCCCAGGCCUGAAGCCAUCUCUUGCGUUCCCGCGCAAGAUGUUUUUGUACGACUCGGUGCUGUACCCGUUUUUGGUUCGACUCCUGCCCUGCGUUACGUCGCGAUCGCCGUCUACUACUUGUGGACAUGUGACGCGCCGAUAUACGCUCGUGGAAAGAAGAUCCUCAGGCAUGGCUUUCGUUCUCGUUCAUUACGAUGAUGGCAGUUUUGAGGCCAUCCAGGCGCGUGUGACGGGUAAGGACAAGUCAAGGGCAAGCACGGGUGCUGGUCAGAAGACGCCGUGGACAGAAAUACCGGAUGUGCUUUUCUUCUUCACGCUACUGUUUAGUCAGCUCGUGGCACUCGUUCGUUUCUUCGAGCACGAGUACGUGACGAAUUCGUGGAACUACGUGUCUGCCAUGUUCUGUGGCUUUUUCGUCAUGAGCCAGUUGUACCGCAUGGUCAAGAUGAGUAUUCCCGAGUACUGCGGCUGGGACCAUACUACUGCCACCUUUACGGCCAACGUGCUUGGCUUGUUGCUCGUGGUCUACAGUGUAGUCUUCGUGCAGCUAUGGUAA